AUGAAUGUAUUUAACGAAAUCCCAAUUCUCGAAACGAAGAUCGUUAAAGAUGAGGCGUAUCACAAAAACUACAAAGAAAUGCUUGCAAUGGUUGAAACAUUGAAUAGUCGAUUGAGUCAAGCCACCAACCAGGGAACUGAAAAGGCUAUUGAGAUGCAUCUUAAACGAGGUCAAUUAUUGGUUCGUGAUAGAAUUGACUUGUUAUUGGACGAAGGCUCCCCAUUUCUGGAGCUAUGCCCUCUUGCCGGUUGGGGUCAGAAGGACAUGACAUUGGGAG